AUGGCAAGUCCCGGCUCGAACUUCCCCAGUAAGAGAGCCGGGGAAGCCGAGAUAGCCGUUGUUUCUCCUUCGGCUGGUCCGGCAUGUCCGGCAUGGUACUGUCAGCCUCAUCUAGUUUACCUGAACUACAUCAUUAUCUCCCUGGUUCUCUUUUCUUCGGCCAAUGGGUACGAUGGAUCUCUCAUGAAUGGCCUGCAAGCCUUGGAUCAGUGGAACCUCUUCAUGGACUAUCCGACCGGCGCCAAACUCGGAUGGAUCAAUUCAAUCGUCCUGCUGGGCACGGGCGUAGCAUCCCCUAUUGCCGCCUGGGUCUCGAACCGGUUCGGACGCAAGCCCGGAAUCUACGGGGGUUAUAUCUUUUUGAUUCUCGGCUCGGUACUGCAGACUGCCUCUCCCAACCCGACGGCCUUCUUGCUAGCCCGUCUAUCCGUCGGCGUGGCAGCCGCUUUCUUCGGAAACGCGGCUCCGCUUCUGAUCAACGAAAUAGCGCAUCCCAGUCACCGGGGCAUCGUGAACUCGCUGUUUAUGACCGGAUGGUAUGUGGGGGGUAGUGUCUCUGGAUGGGUUAUAUUUGCGGUCCGAGGCUAUUCCUCCUCGUGGUCAUGGCGCCUUCCAUCGCUUCUGCAGGCUCUUCUCCCGGCCGUUGCCUUUCCGGGCCUCCUUCUUGCUCCAGAGAGUCCUCGAUGGCUCAUCUCGCAGGGACGCGAGGACGAGGCGUACGCCAUCUUGAUGCGGUACCAUGCAGCCGGCCGUCGCUCGUCCUUGGUCGAUGCCGAAUUCCAGGAGAUCCGCGCGACAAUUCGAGCCGAGCAAGACGCUCACAAGGGCGCCAAUUACGUGGAGAUGUUCAGUACUCCAGGAAAUCGUCAUCGACUGAUGAUCUCCGUCAGUUUGGGUUUCUUUGCUCAAUGGGUGGGCAAUGGUGUCAUCUCAUACUAUCUCGCUCUUAUCCUAGAUACAGUUGGGGUAACCAGCGUCAGGGACCAGACGCUCAUAUUAGCCUGCCUGCAGAUGUGGAAUCUUCUGUUUGCCAUUGUAGGUUCGCUGCUAAUUGACCGAUUCGGGCGACGCCCAUUGUUCCUUUCAUCGGCCAUAAUCAUGCUUGUCAGUUAUGGUCUCGUCACGGCACUGUCGGGUUCUUUCACGGUGACUCGUCAUGCAGCCACAGGGGUUGCUGUCAUACCAUUCCUCUUCAUCUUUUUUGCUGGUUAUGGCAUUGCUCUAACUCCAUUGAUCACGGCGUAUCCGUGCGAAAUUUGGCCUUUUCGUCUUCGAUCCCGGGGUCUGGCGGUGACGUGGAUGUCCACUGUCUGUGCCUCGUUCUUCAAUAUUUUCGUCAACCCUAUCGCCCUGGACGCCAUUGCUUGGAAGUAUUACUUGGUCUUUGUCACGGUCCUGCUGCUGUUUGGUGUCACCGCGUAUUUUCUGUACCCGGAAACCAAGGGCUACACGCUGGAACAAGUAGCCGUUGUUUUUGACGGGCCGACCAGCCCAGUGGAAGAUGUCGAAACGGAACCUAAAUCAGUUGAUACAGCAGAGGAUCCGAAGGGCAUCACGUCGACAAUACACCAAGAGACUAUUUAG